UACGUUUACAGUAAUCAUAAUCAUACGUAUAAGAAAAUUGACAAGUGAGCAGAAAAUAUGUUUGUGAGAAUCCAGGAAAUUCAGAAAGAUCAAUGUGUUACAGUUUAUCAUUAUUAAAUUCGCAGGAAGUAAUUUAUAAAACGAAUUAAAUUCUGUACUUGCACAUCUUUUCACGUUCCGAUUAAUAAGUGAACGCAAAAUGUCCACACGUUAUAUGAAAAAGGUAUAUGGGAGUGAUUUGUUGCUCCCAAAGGAUAAUGAAAAUGAAAAUGAACUAGAAAACUCGAUAAUCGGCAAUGUUAAGUCGAAAACAUUUAAUGUCUUUGAUGUAUUGAAUGAAAAUUCUGAAGCAAGUGAAAAAGAGAAUGAAGAAGAACCAGUGAUAGAAGAUAAUUGUAAGGAGGAAGCUAAACGUAAGAAGAAAAAGAAGAAACGAAAGAAGUUGGAUAGUUCUAAAACUCAACAAGCCAAUGAAUCCAAAGAAGGAGAGGAAGAAGAAGAUAUAGAUGAAAUUGAAAGAACUGUAAGAGAAGUAAACAAGUUGCUGGGAGAACCGCUCCCAGGUUGUAGUUCUCAAGUUACAGACAAUUUACAAUGGGUAGAUACAAAAUCCAAAGAAGAUACCUUGUUGGUGCAACAUAAACACUUAAAUCCUUAUAAUGAACUUAAAAGAAUUUUUGGUAGUAAAACUGUACAAGCAGAACAGAUCAAUAGAAGAAACAGAGGUCGUAUGGGUCAUUUGAAGAAAACAUGGUUGGUUUCUGCAAGAGAUAAUUGGCCACCAAUUAGUAAAUCUGGUCUUUCAAUGUCUUUAGACCGUACUGUAAAGAGUGCUAAUAAUGUUCAGUACUUUGUAUAUGAUCAUAGUCCAUCAUAUAGACAAGUACAGAUGAAGUUUCUGGAAGCUGUUGAAAGUUUAAACCCUGAAAAUAUUGUGAGCAUCAUCAAUGUACACUCUUAUCAUAUUGAUGCAUUAUUACAAAUAGCUGAACUUUGCAAACUUAAUGAAGAUUUGGCAAUGGCUGCAGAAUUUACAGAACGAGCUUUAUAUUGUUUAGAAUGUGCUUUCCAUCCUUUAUUUAAUAUCACAACUGGUUUGUGCAGAUUAGAUUACAGAAAACAGCCAAAUCGGGCUCUAUUCAUAACAUUAUUUAAAUAUCUGAAUUUCGUUGGUGGACGUGCGUGUUAUAGAACAAGUUUGGAAUUUUGUAAAUUACUCUUAUCACUUGAUCCUGAAGGUGAUCCUUUAGCUGUGAUUUUGUCUCUUGAUUUCUAUGCUUUAAGAGCAAAAGAGUAUGAAUGGUUUAUUGAAUUCUGUAAUCUUUGGGAUAGUACAAGAAACCUAACCCAGCUACCAAACAUAGCAUUUGGUUUAGCUUCAGCUCAUUUCCAUUUAGGUCAUCAAACUGAAGCCAACGAACUUUUACAAAAUGCAUUAAUAAUGUUUCCAGGUGUAUUGUUGCCCUUAUUAAACAAAUGUAAUAUACAAUACGAUGAAACGGUACAAACUCAUGACUUCUUUAACAGUAAAGCACUAAAGUCGACAUCACCAGCGUUAGAAAAAUUACAAAAUUUAUACGUAACACGUAGCUUUCGUUUGUGGAACGAAGCAGAUCUUUUACCGUGGUUACGUGAAAACGUACACGUUGUAAUAGCUCGUGUUGAAUGUAAAGAUGAUUACGUUAAAUACUGUGAAUUAAAACGAAGAAAACGUUAUCAGGGAAAGCUACCAAAAAAUAUUUUACGACAUAUUAUAUUAUCCGACAUGAAAGAAGUAACCGUGAAUGUACAAGAGGUGCAAAGUGAUGGUUCGGUUCUCUCACAUGAUCCUCUGCCUCCUGCGGAUAGCAUUGACAUCUAUAAAAUAUCUAGAAACACAACUCGAACUAGUUCCAAUCUUCUUUCUCUUUUUGUUUCGUCUCUUUUCACAGAUAUUAAUCGAGAAGUUGUAGUAGUUGAAGAAGCUGAUGUUGAAGCACUAAAUUUGCUUUACGAUAGUAUUGAGUAAACGUAAGGCCGGUUGUUGACUGCACUGUAAAGAAAUAAAGCAUACAAAUUUUAUACUAAUAUAAUAGUGGAAAAUGAAAUAAUAUUAUUAAUUCUUUUUUCAAAUUUUAACUACUUUUUUGAAAAUAAUAUACAUACAUACAUACUAUUUAAUCAUAAACAAUGUAAAAUUAUAAUUAUUUUUUAGUAAUAUUACUACUAUUAUUCUAAUACUUACUUAUAUAUUCAAAAUUUAGUAUAUUUUGAUUGUCUUCUAUACAUGAGAUUAUGCAUUCGUGAUUUGUACAAUGUUCUAAGUUUUAACAAGGUUUUGAAGAUAUCGUCGUAUAUUCAGUCUUUAAAUGUUGUAAAUACGUAAAAAAGAUAUUGUAUAUAAUAAACAUUAAUAAAUAAAUUAUAUUGUUGAAAAUAUCAUGUGGAAGAAUGACCUAUUAUAUGGGAUAAUAUAAAAUAUUUCGUGAAUGCAUUUUGGUAAAAAAAGGAAUUAUUAUUUUCACAUAGACUUAUCUUAUGUACAGGUCUAUACAAUUGCUUUAUAUUAUAUUUUAUCAAGUAUUCUUAUGAUUUCUAGCGAAGUAUUAUUUGAAUUAUUUUUGAGUGACUUUUCCCUGCAUUUUUAUUAAAUGUAAAUGUGUAUUUACAUAAAUAUUACAUAUUUCUGUAAUGAGCAUGAAAAUAUUUCCGUGUGCGUUUAUUAAUAUAACAAUGGGCGUUUUUAAUACUUAUGUCAAUUUGCAGUUACACUGUAAAAAACACCCUUAUCAUCUUUUCCAGUAUUUAUGUUGUCAUUAAAAAAAA